UCAUCAAACAUUUGCAGAAAAUGCCUUCCGAAGAGACCAAGGAACGUAUCACGAAACUAGUGGAGGUUGGCCGCACUCUGGUGCACUAUGGCUGGAUACCACUCAUCAUUUACAUUGGCUAUACUCGGAGCACGCCUCAGCCCACCCUUAUUAAGCUCAUAAGCCCACUCGCAUAAGGAAUUACUACUUGGAUGCGCACUUCCCGCUGUAUUUUAUAAUUCAGUCUACUUAAAAAAAGUCAACUCUCUACUCAGUGAUCAGGUGCUGCUGGGAGUUUGAGGUUUUAUUCAUCAAUCCUGAGUGGUCUAUCAUGUGAUGCCGAUGGAACGUGUUUGUCGACUUAGGAAUAAACGAGGUAGUGUGUCAUGCAAAAUACAAUGCGAUAUACUAUAUUU